AACACGGAUCGCUCAGAGGUUAUUUAUUUUCCCUUCCACUCAAUUCCUUCCUCCCCAAAUCACGCCUGCAAGCUGCCUCCAGCCCGCGGGGGUCGACAGCGGCCCUUGAGCCCCCAGCCCCAAUCCGCAGAGUUCGGCCUUCCCAUUCAUUAUUGAUCAUAUUUUAUAAAUCCAACGCCACACAAUUUUUUCCACAUUACUGAGAGCCGCCGGGAGGCCGUCAGAUCAUUGGCCGAGGAGAUAUCACGUGGGCCAAGGUCACGUGGUCCGGAGAGGAAAAAGGGGGUCCUUUUUGGUGUAAAUCUGGACUCUAAUUCUGUAAUAUAUCAAGGAAUCUCGUAAAACCGACACUAAAACGUCCCUGACUACAAAUCAUCCGGCCAAAUUAUGAGUUCAUUGUAUUAUGCGAAUGCUUUAUUUUCUAAAUAUCCAGCCGCAAGUUCGGUUUUCGCUCCAGGAGCCUUUCCCGAACAAACUUCUUGCGCCUUUGCUUCCAACCCCCAGCGCCCGGGCUAUGGAGCAGGUCCGGGCGCCCCGUUCUCCGCCUCCGUGCAGGGCCUGUACCCCGGCGGGGGGGGCAUGGCGGGCCAGAGCGCGGCCGGUGUCUACGCGGCCGGCUACGGGCUCGAACCGAGUUCCUUCAACAUGCACUGCGCGCCCUUUGAGCAGAACCUCUCCGGGGUGUGUCCGGGCGACCCCGCCAAGGCGGCUGGCGCCAAGGAGCAGAGGGACUCGGACUUGGCGGCCGAGAGUAACUUCCGGAUCUACCCCUGGAUGCGAAGCUCAGGGACUGACAGAAAGCGGGGCCGCCAGACCUACACUCGCUACCAGACCCUGGAGCUGGAGAAGGAGUUCCACUACAACCGCUACCUGACCCGGCGGCGGCGCAUCGAGAUCGCGCACGCGCUCUGCCUCACCGAAAGACAGAUCAAGAUCUGGUUUCAGAACCGGCGCAUGAAGUGGAAAAAGGAGAACAAAACCUCAGGCCCGGGAGUCCCUGGCCAGGAUAAGGCCGAGGCAGAGGAGGAGGAGGAAGAGUGAGGGACAGAGAAAGCAAAGAGGAAGAGAGAGAAGAGAAGGAGAACCCAAUUCUGGAAACUGAAGCAUGAAACUCAAAUAAGGGGGAAAACUCUAUUUAAAUGAAGCAGUUUAAAAAAAAAUAAGGAGAGGGGUGAAAUUUGGGCUUCUCAACACUGUAAAAAAUACUACCUAUGGGAAAGUGUGUUGUCUGUUUUGUACAGUAUGGGAAGGACGUUAUCUACCUGCUCAGUGGCUUUCUGGAAUGUGCCUCCCUUUUCUAUGUUGCUAGUAAGGUCUUUGUAAAAUCUUGCUGUUUUGUAAGCCCUCUUAGACGCUGUCUUUGUGGACUGUGGUUCCUUGCCUACCCCCAUACUUCCCAGUAGCGACACUAAAAGGGCCUUAGGGAGCCUCGAGGACCCACUAGCUCCUGCGCCUGGUGCACUUGGCUGCUGAUCCUGUCUCCUACCUGUUCCCAUGAGCCUCUUUCUGUAUAUCUAAAGGAUGGAGAAUAAAACAGGAUUAAAAAUCAA